GCUUGAACCGGUUCAACUUUUGAUCGAGUAGCGCAUUAAGUCCUAAUACGGAUAAAUCUCCAAACCCACCAGCCCUCUCAUCUUCUUUCUCUUCUCUCGGCUGUUUACUUGGUGUUCAUCUUCUCGAAAAUUCAUUCUUUUCAAGUUUUUGCGGUGUUUCAGAGUCUUAAGAUUGCUAAUACGAGAUGGUCAAUGCCACUAAAGGAUUGUUCAUAUCCUGUGACAUACCCAUGGCGCAAUUCAUUAUCAAUUUGAAUGCUUCUUUACCUGCUUCGCAGAAGUUCAUUAUUCAUGUUAUUGAUAGCACUCACCUCUUUGUACAACCGCAUGUUUCUGAAAUGAUACGUAGUGCUAUUGCUGAUUUUAGAGACCAGAAUUCCUAUGAGAAGCCUAAUUGAUUCAGUUUUCUUUUCUUUCCUUUAUGUAAUGGAGGAGUUACUGAGAUAUGUAUAUGUAUACCUUUGUAAGCAGUUGGUUUAACUUGUUAUUUUAUGAAGUCAAAUGUCGUCCUGUGUUGCUUUUC